ACAUUUGCUUUUAUGUUUUCCCUUUAUCCUUUAGAUAUUCGUAAAUAUUUACUUUUUCAUUGUGAAUUAUUUGUGAACGGAUGAAUUGCGCGGUGAAUAGUUAUGCGACAAAAUCGCACAAUAAUUAAUUAACAAUUUUAAACUGAAAUAAUAGCUAAUCUAAUAAGCUGAAAAGAAGAAAAUUACAUAUAUAAUUAAUACAGACUCUAAUAUAUCAUAUCGUGGAACACGCCAAAGUGGAAUACGCUGUUAAAAAAAUUUUGAAAUUUUCCAACGUCGGUGAAUUUACAUAAAAAAUGCCGGCGCAUUUGUUCUUACAAACUGUCAGCGGAGAUUAUUAGUAGCACAUCUUUGAAGAAGUCAACAUUCAAUAUUUUUCGUAACCAGAAUAUUGUUUUUUCAAAAACUAACAAUUUAUUAAUUAUUGAAUUAAUUUGUCACUUCGACUAUGUCUGGCCACUUUCAACCACUAAGAUCCUCACGCGUUUUGCGUAAAAUCAAGGAAAUCAGCCAACCCACGGGUGAACCGGUUUUAAUAAAUCGAAAUCCAAGAAAUCUGGAGAGAUUGCGUAUUGCACAUAAACCCAAUGGUUAUUUUUUGGAAAAACCUGGACGUUCGUUUUGGCAUAAAUUGGAGUUGACUGUAAGUGGACGUUACGUAACUGCAGAAGUGAGGCAUUUUCAAAAUGGUCCUAUUGUCGGUGCGAGCACAUCGGAAUGGGCAAUUAAAAAGCAUCUUUACAAAACCACAGAUACACCUGCCUUUUUGAAUCUUGCUCGAGUGCUGGCAAUGAGAUGCCUCCAGUCAGGCAUUACUGAAAUUGCCUGCAAUAUUGACGCAGUUGCCGGAGGUAAAGUCGACAAGUUUCUAAAAACAUUGGAAGAAAAUGGCGUUAAGUUGCAAGAACCAGAACGAUACGAUGCGCCAUUGCCAUGGGAUGCUGUGCGGCAUGAAAAGCCAUGGGAAGUAUUAGAAGAUAACCUAAAACCGGCUCAACAGGCAAAGACGGGGGAGACACCUAAUAAAUAAUUAAUUUGUUUUUUCGUUUUUGUUUAACAAUAAAUGUUAAAUUUAUUCUAAUUGAA